GAGUCAGAUGCUUAGCUGACUGAGCCACCCAGGCACCACACCAGAUUGUUGUCUUACGGAGAGAACUGAGCCAUCAGGUUAUAGGGAAUAGAGCAUGAAAGUCUAUACUGCCCAUGAUGUUGGCACCUCUAGGCCCAGAUUCUGCAGGUCAUACAGAGACAACCAGAGACCUUCAUCUGAAACACUGAAUCACAUGAGCUUCUCCUAGACAAAUAAAGGCCUGUGAUGCUCUGCAUGCCUUUUGAAAUAGGAGAGCUUUGUGAUGUAGUCUGGUGAUCUGGUUCCAUCUUCUGUGAGGCAGAGAUGACAAGGUCUAGAAUUUGGGGGCAUUAGGUGCCAAGUUCUUGAAAGUCUAGGAAGAGAGAUGGCUCGUCAGGUUUAGAUUAUGUUGAGCCCUACCUUUAUUCUGUGGGAUGUUGGAUAUCCCUUAUAUGCUUAUGGCUCCAUUAUUAUUAUUGCAUUAAUUAUUUGGCAAGUGAAAAAGAACCACCAAGAAUUUAGGUUGGGACCUAACAGGAGCUGUUGCCGGCGUCACCGGAGAGUCAAACAAAGAGCUAAAGAUAGAACAUCAAGAGCUAGGAGACUUUCCUGGGAAGAAGCUGAGAAGCCAUGGGAGCUGCUCUCUGUCAUGAAAAGCCAGGGCUGGCUUCCUAAGGAGGGAAGUGUUCGGCGGCUCCUGUGUGCAGAUCCUUCCUGCCCCAUUUGCAAUGCUGUGGCUCUGGAGAUUCAGCAGUUGCUGGCAGAAGCUGCAGAAACUUGCUUGGGAAAUAAGAUGAAGCUCUUUCCACACUGGAUUAACCCCGAGGUGAAAGGUCAAGGGCAUAAGGAAUCCAUUCUCUCUAAGGAUGAGACAGUGGCUAAAACCAUGACAAAAAAGGUUGAGAAGAGUCCACCCUCCACCAAACACCCUGUGAGAGGAGCCAAGUGGGAGAAAAAAACAGAAGAGGAGGGCAUAACCUUCUUUGAUGUCCCCCAGUCUCAGGACAAUGAACUCAAGCAACAACCCCUUCAGUCCAGAUGCUCUUGGCUCCUGGGCCUUCCCCACAACAACUCCAAGCACUGUCCUCAGCUGACUGGUGACACUCAACCAGAACAUCCAUCCCAGAUCUCAGCUCUUACCUCGGCAGAAGGUACUGGUCUAUACAAAGAGAAUACCCAAUCCAGGAAAAAGGAGUUCAUAGGUUCCCAAUCCUCUGCAUUCCCAUGAAAAAAGGUUGUCAUCAUCAUUUCUGUUAAUGUGCAGGUGAAGCAGGACCCUCUCCAAAUAUACUCUAUACCUCUAAGCAAAGAA